CAGAGAUCAUCCGAGGACCCAUAUAUAACCCCAAAGCAAAGCGCCUCCAUUUUAUUCUCUCGAUCCAAGCUAGGGUUUUUAGGGAGGAGUCCGUUCGAGGAAGAAGUUGUUUGAUAGUGAAGAUUGCUCAAAUUUCCAGAUGGCUCCUCCGGUUAAAGCUACCAACAAAAAAACUGACGCCAAGGCACAGGCUGUAAAAGUUGCCAAAGCUGUGAAGACGGGAGCUUCAAGCAUAAAGAAGAAAACAAAGAAGAUCCGCACAUCUGUGACAUUUCACCGCCCCAAGACAUUGAAGAAAGAUAGAAACCCUAAGUACCCCAGAAUUAGCGCACCUCCGAGGAACAAGCUUGACCAUUAUCAAAUUCUCAAGUACCCUUUAACUACUGAGUCUGCUAUGAAGAAGAUCGAGGACAACAAUACCCUUGUCUUCAUUGUUGAUAUCCGAGCAGACAAGAAGAAGAUCAAAGCAGCAGUGAAGAAGAUGUAUGACAUCCAGACUAAGAAAGUGAAUACCCUCAUCAGGCCUGAUGGUACCAAGAAAGCUUAUGUGAGGCUCACUCCUGAUUAUGAUGCUCUGGAUGUUGCAAACAAGAUUGGCAUUAUUUAAGUGGAAGAGAGUUUGUAGUUGAUUUUGUUUUCAGAUUACAUUUUGUAGUUUUAAUUGUUGAGCUCUAAACCAGUCCUUAAUUUCAAACCUUGGAUGCUUCUAGUUUCGGUUAAACUAAACCACCCGAAAGUAGAUUCUGUAUUUUUAUUUGAACUGGUUUUAGGCAUUGCUGCUUGAUAAUUUUGCUUCUGUUGUUGUGUUACACA